GUUGUUGUUAACGACGGUAACGAUGCAACAAAAUUCAGAGUUAAUUUCAGGGCGUGCCAAGGCAUUGUAAGCAUCUCACUAGAACAAAUCUAUUGUUUCAAAAUAUUAUUUUUUUAGUAAUUCGAGUAUCGGCCUAGUCAAUAUUGAAAAUGAAGCGGAGAACCCUUUCUGGUAGCUGUGGAAUUGGCUUGUUUAUGAUAUCGUUCAUUUGUGUAUUCCUUGCGUUUGCCACACCGAGUUGGAUAGUCAGUGAUUACAGAAUAACAGGAGCAAAGCUAGAUCGCCUUGGAUUGUGGACACACUGUUUCCGAUCACUGGCCGAUCCAAAUGACGAUUACAAUAGACGAUUUUUCGUCGGAUGUCGUUGGGUGUUUGACCCUUUUACAACAGGAUAUGACGAAAUUCGAGGCUUUUUAAUUCCACCAUUCAUGAUUGCGACACAAUUUUUCUACACGCUAUGCUUUAUUGCAUCUCUAGUUGGUUUUGGAUUAGUCAUGUUCUUCUUCCUAUGCGCUGGACCGGAUCAAAAGUUUUUCGUUAAAUUGAUAAAAGGCACUGGAUUUCUAUUGUUGGGUGGUGGAUCGUGUGGUUGCUUGGGUGUUAUUAUUUUUGCCAUCUGGGGAAAUAAGGAUAAAUGGUUGCCCGAACACGCCAAUAACUUCUUCGGGUGGUCAUUCAUUUUGGCUGUUAUUGGAGCUAUUGGAUUAGUUGCCUCUUCUGUGCUGUUUUUAACCGAAGCCAAUGUACAGCACAAAAAACUAAAACAAUUGAAAGAUUCACAGGCUCGAUUUGAGCUUGAGAGAUCAACUAAAUAAUAAGCACGAACACUGACUACACAUUCGCUAAUCGAUUCACCCAAAGACCGCAUAUGUUCAUAAUUCACAGGAAUUUCAAAAUUGACAAUGAAACCGAAUUUUGUUACAUAUAUGUAGAAAAUCGCGAUAGCAACAAUAAGUUCUUCUAUUGUACAAAGAGAAAAAAAUCGAAUAUCCGCACACCAGAAUCUUUGAAGCUAACGAAAGACUUAGAUAAAAUCGUUACGUAUAUACGCUGUAGUACACACAUUUUUUUUGAUGUUGUUUCUUUUAAGAUCUUUAGCAGUUACAAACGUACUGUAUCCGUCCAUUUUUAAAAAAUAUUUUUAAGCAUUAUUAAUUCGAUCAUUUUAAUCUCAAAUUCUUUUUACUUCGAACAUUUGAAAAAUAAUAAUAGUUCUGAUAAGUUUCCAAACAUCGACGUCGAAACUUUUUUAAAUCUUUCGGUAUAUGAAAGCAACCAUAAACCCGCUAAUCAUACAUGUAAGAACCAUUUGUACAAAUAGCGAAGGAGAAUAAUAAAAUUAUAUAUUUUUAAACGUU